AUGAAACCUUCUGUUCGUUUUACUACUCCCUAUGAUGACGAAGACGAAGAAGAAACUCUGCCAGAAAGGGGUGACAAUUCUCACAUGAAUUUCGGAUCAACUUCAAGUUUUCGAAAUGGUCGUAAUAAUGGUAAAACUAGUCAUAACCCACAAAAACCAUUUCAAGGUCAGAUCUUUGUAUUGUAUGGCUACGAUGAAUCUGAAAAACAAAAUCUAGAAAAUAUGAUAAAAAGUCAGGGUGGUUCUGUGUCUCAAACGGUUAGCAAUCGGACAACAUAUUUUGUUAUGAGAAGGUCAAAAUACAAUACUGAAGAUAUUGACGAAAUGGUGCGUUUUAAUAAAAGUAUUCACACAGUUUCCGAAGAUUUUAUUUACGAUUCGGCGAAUAACGUACAUCAUUUACGUGAUGCAGAAGAAUUUGAAAAUAUUGGUCCCUUUCGUUCAUUUUUUCUAAUUAAAAUUUUUUUUUUACAUUUUAAUGCUUCAUUUACAGGAAUUCAAGACGAAGACGACGACGAGGUCAAAUGGAAAUCAAAUUCUUAUAGUGGACCUGUAAAUGAAAAAUAUUCUAGACGUCUUAGUUUCCAUCAAAGUAAUAGCUGGGGUCCGGAUUCUACGAAUGGUGACCAUAGUCCUUAUUUGUCAGAUGAACGACCUAAUGAAUUAAAUAACGAAUUGGAAGAAAUGUCAUCCGAUGAUUCUGAUUCAUCAGAAUACGGUGAUAAUGCAUUCCUGGCGAACGUUGCUGUUGAAACUGAAACUCAAGAUCAUAUGGAUAAUCCUAUGUUAAGUCCGAAUGCUUCACAAUUAUCUCAUGAUAUGCAAAAGGAGAGAAUGGAAUGGCAAAGUUUUUUGGCUUCCGUGCUUACCGGUGAGGUCAUUAAAUCGGAGAAACGUCGUCUGUCUGGCUCUUCACGGCAGGCGUCUAACAUUGCUUAUCAUCUAUGGUUCCAAAUAAACACGACAUUACGUCGCUUGCCUAGUGAUUUAAACGAAAGUCGUCGACAGAUUGAUAACAUUCUUAAAGAAGUUAUAGAUUUUGAGGUUAAACCUGGUGAUUUACCAGCUUUUGAUCAAGUUGUUGAAAUUCUACAAAAAGUUGAUGUAUGUGAAAGUCUUUAUCCUUCGCGUAAAGCAAUGAUGGCAGAUAAACCUUUAUAUGAAUCACUAGAAUUUCAAAAUAAUUUGGAUGCUUUAAAUUCUUGGCUUACUGUGACUAGAAGUUUUCAAACUCAAUUAAAAAUUUUGCAAAAUUGGACCGGAAGUGACGAUUUAGAAAUUACCAGACCUAAGGAUGCUCCAGCUGAUGCUGAGAAUCCAUCUUUUCUUGAACGUAUAUUAAAAGAAAAUAGUUUAAAACAGACAUUUGAAAAACGAACACUCGCCACGUUAACUUCUCUUUUAUUAAAAGCUAAACGUGUUAUGAUUGAAAAUGCUGUAAUAUUUGAAAAAAUGAAAUUACCUCCUUAUAUUGAUGAAUUACCACAACUUUUAAAUUUCCCUACAAAACUUAUGAAAGAAUGUAUGAAACUUUUACUUGAAUACGCUAAUAUUCUUAAUGAUCCUACAGCGAUGAUGGUACAACAGAUGAUGGAUGAUUUUCAAAUUUCCCUUUCUUUGGCUUGUAAGAUAAAACGUCAAUAUUUUGAGCUUGUUAAGCCUACAAAUGGAUGGAUAAUACCAUCUUCUAUUGACGAAAAUUAUGAUACUGUGUUAUUGGAAUCAUUAAAAUUUUAUUUCACGUUAUUACAAUUAAAAGUUAAACCUGGCUUUAAAACAGUUUUCUUUAAAGAAGCGGAAAUUUUAGAUUCUGAAUGGGCUUUUUUGAGUGGAAUUUGUCGCCACAUUGCAGGUGGUGAGGCUGAGACUGCCGAACAAUUUUGGUAA